UCUUCUCAUCAUUUCUGUUGAGUGUGUCAUAUACUGUCGUAUUUCUAGCACUGUUCGGUUCUUGUUUUGCGCGGUAUUUAAGCUAUUCAGCUUGGCUGCGGUUCGGCUCGUUUACAUUAUGUUUUAGUCAUGUGACUCGCGGGUUUCCUUGUCGCGGUAUAAAAGCGUCUGUUGUGCGUGGCGCGGGCCCUUUGCUGCUUGAGCUGUAUUUAUACGUUCGCGUGCGCUCGCGCAUUUCUUCCACGAUGCACCAUACAUUGACUGGUGUUUGAUAGAAGUGAUGCUUGCUCUUCAUCUUGAUUUCUACCGUCGAUGAAACCGAGAAAACGAUCACCAAUUAGAGGAGAACAUUCUCUACAGCCACUAUCGCCGUGUUUAAAACUUAACACCUGCCUGUAUCGCUGUUACACGUGUGGGAUGGACCGGUUUCUAACUGCGCCUGAACCGAGUAUACGCUAUUGCGACGAGGAGCAGCACUAGUUGAGAAGUCGUGUUACGGAGAAGUAAAUAAUCAGCCAGAUAUAUUUUGAUUCAGUUGGUGUCAGUCCGCGAUGGAGGAAUUUAAGGCUGGAGCCAAUGAGAUUCGCUACACGGCGCCCGUUCACGCCAGGGUAAAAGGCUGCUGCGCUGCAUGUGCAAAAUGGCAACGCGACAACCUAUUGCUCAUGAUGACGAUAGGGGGCGUUGUGCUCGGCGUCCUGCUGGGAUCGCUGCUGCGCUUCGCAGAGCCAAGUGCGGAGGCGAUCAUGCUGCUGUCGUUUCCUGGUGACAUUCUGAUGCGCAUGCUGAAGAUGAUGAUACUUCCGCUCAUCAUUUCCUCUCUUAUCUCAGGUCUCGCACAGUUGGACGCUCGCUCGUCCGGCAGGAUGGGAUCGCGAGCGCUGCUCUACUACCUGACGACGACGGUGAUUGCCGUCAUCAUCGGCAUCAUCAUGGUGUGCAGUAUCCACCCAGGUAACGUCAACAUCAAACGCAACAUCGGCGAGGGUACCGAGGCCAAGAAGGUGUCGGCCGUCGAUGCAUUCCUCGACCUCAUCAGGUAUUCGCCGUUCGGUAUCAUGUUUCUGAUUGCCGGAAAGAUCUUGGAGAUCGAGAGCAUGGCGGAGACUGCCAAGCAGCUGGGACUUUAUAUGGUCACGGUCAUUUCCGGUCUGAUGAUUCACGCUCUGAUCGUGCUUCCGCUGCUGUUUUUCCUCAUCACGCGAAACAACCCGCUGUCCUUCUGCAAGGGCAUGCUGCAGGCCUGGAUCACGGCCCUGGGUACGGCAUCAAGUUCUGCAACUCUGCCGAUCACAUUUCGCUGUCUCGAAGAGAACAACCACGUGGAUAAACGUGUGACACGUUUCGUGCUGCCCAUUGGGGCCACCGUGAACAUGGAUGGUACCGCUCUCUACGAAGCCGUGGCGGCCAUCUUUAUUGCACAGAUGAAUGGAGUCAAUCUGUCGAUUGGCGAAAUAAUCACUGUCAGUCUGACGGCUACUGCAGCUUCUAUUGGCGCCGCCAGCAUUCCUAGCGCUGGACUGGUCACCAUGCUGCUGGUACUGACCGCCGUAGGACUACCUACACAGGACGUCAGCCUUAUCGUGGCCGUGGACUGGUUAUUGGACCGCAUUCGGACGUCGAUCAACGUGCUAGGUGAUGCGUACGGGGCUGGCAUCGUCUAUCACCUCUCCAAAGCGGAGCUGGCAAAACUGGAUGCCGAGCAUGGAGCAGUAGCAGCAGCAGCAGCAGCCGAAUACGCCCCCGACCACCAUUAUCACCUUAGCAACGCAACACAUUACUAUGGCGACGCAGUUGUCGACGAGAUGAAACCGCUGAGCAAAGCAAACAGCACGAACGCCACCGGCGCCGUCUGCACGGCAACCCCGGAGGACAGCGAGACUCCGAUAUAGAGGGCGCCCCGACGCUGAGGGAACUCGGAUGGUUUACUCGUUAGGGGGAGCGGCGAGCGGAUAGAUGGUGUAUGCAGGCCAGGCGCACUGCUAAUUCAAUCAACGUGAUGCUGCCUCAGGAUGCUGCCUGGCUCAUCAUGGAUGCUGCCUGGUCGCAUGUCCCAUAGUCACGUUUCGUAGUCGCUCGGCUAUAUAUAUAGCUACCAACAUGGCGGCUUGAUAUGAUGAUGUUCGCUGAGUGGUCGGAAGGGUGGUGAUCAGUGAUUAUCUGCAGAGCACGGAGAUCAUGAAGCCCACACCGCAUGUUGAUCUCAAUUAUUGGAAUUUGUUUGUGUGCACGAUCACCUAAGCAAUGUACAUAAUACUAUGUAUGUAUGUAGAUAGGUUUACCUGCGCGCGCUCACGCAGCCGCACACGAGCAAACAUGCACAUGCACAUUUGCCCGCGUAAACAUGCACACGUACACGUGAAUAAAUACGUGUACAUAGGCCUACUAUAUAUCCUGAGAAUAUAAGCCACUCUAACAACUGCGUAUUAUAUUAUCCUGAUAUAUAUAUAUAUAUAUAUAUAUAUAUAUAUACCUAUAUGUAUAUGUAUAUAAUAUAGGCCUAUAUAUAUACGAGUAUAUUAUACUCGUGUAUACGCACAUACGUGAUUAAUAUACGCAUAAUUAUACGUUUAUAUAGACAUAUAC